CGUUUGGCCAAAAAGUGCAGCCGAAUACCGAUUGUAACCGGUUCGAUACCCGGUUAUACCGAAUACCGGUUUACCGAAUACCAACCCUAACGGAGAGUGACCGAACUUGGACUGUUCAACUAAUUCGAGUGACUAUAAAUGGAAUAAAUCAAUUCGGGUGACAAACGUGAAAUUUUUAAGCAAUUCGGGUGACCAAACUUGCAAUUAAGCCCUUUAUUAGAUAUAGUCCGAUUCAUACAUCAAUUAAGUUCGUAGAGAUCCAGUACAUACUCCUACUAACAACCGACAAUUACGCAAAAGUCUUGAAUGCUGACGUGAAGAGGUUGAUUUUCUCAACCCUUUAAUAUGUUUUUCAGAUAAGAUAAAUUGGUUAGAUGGAUGACAAAAACAAUAACAACCAGCAAUGACGCCGCAUAACGUGGACGGCCGGUGAAAAUCUGGCACGGCGGCAGUCAUUAUCCUCUCGACCAGGAGCCAUCCUGGCCACGUGUAGCUCACCGAUUGGCCGAAUUUCGUCUCCCUUCCCCGCUCUGAUCCAAAGUGGGGCAAAAAGGAAAAGAUCGCGCCCACACAAUCUCGAUUUCUCACUCUCGAUUCCACUUUACUUUCUUCUUCAUCUUCUUCCCAUCCUCAUUCGUCUUUUAAUGCCCACCUAAUACCUCCGCCAUAUGGAAUCAACCAUUUCUUGCCGUGGUCGCUCGCUGUCACAUUUCCUCCCUUCCCCGCUGCCGAUCCGCUCGCCGCACUACCUCCACUCAAUUCUCAAGCUCCCGUCGCGAUUUUCUCCGCUGCCGUCGACACCGAUUUCCAUGGCGUCGCCUCCCCUUCAUGUCUCUGCCUCGUCCGCCGUUGGUGCUAAGAACGAUGAAGCAACGACGACUGCUUCCUCUGGUCUCGUCGGAGAGACUGAUCUGCUCAUUGUCGGCCCCGGAGUACUAGGUCGCUUAGUCGCCGAGAAAUGGCGGGAGGAAAACCCAGGUAGUCAGAUUGUGGGACAAACGAUGACUGAGGAUCACCAUGAGGAACUGAUCAAAUUGGGGAUCAAUCCUUCUCUGAAAGAUACUCAAUCGAGUCAACGAUAUCCUUACGUGAUCUUCUGUGCUCCACCUUCUCGAUCCGCUGAUUAUCCUGCCGAUGUGAGGGAAGCUGCUUUGAGAUGGAAUGGAGAAGGCUGUUUCCUGUUCACUUCAAGCUCGGCGCCCUAUGAUUGUUACGACAAUGGAGACUGCAAUGAGGACACUCCAGUUGUGCCAAUUGGGAGAAGCCCUCGAACAGACGUCCUUCUCAAAGCAGAGCAAGUAGUUCUGGAACAUGAGGGUUGCGUGGUUAGAUUGGCUGGACUCUAUAAAUCAGAUAGAGGUGCACAUACUUACUGGUUAGAGAAAGGAACUGUCGAGAUUCGGCCGGAUCACAUCCUUAAUCUCAUUCACUACGAGGAUGCUGCAUCUCUAUGCACAACAAUCCUGAAAAACAAAGUCCGUGGCCAGAUCUUCUUAGGCUGCGACAACCAUCCAUUGUCUAGGCAGGAAGUGAUGGACCUGGUUGCUAAAAGUGGCAAGUUCAGCAAGAAAUUUGAGGGCUUUACUGGAACAAGUGAUCCUCUUGGUAAGAAACUAAACAACUCGAAAACUCGGCAGGCGCUUUCAUGGGAACCUAAGUAUCCCAGCUUAGCUCACUUUCUUGGAGUGGCUUCAUCAGAAUGAGUCAAUCUCAUUGAGCAGCAACAUACAAUUUCGAGCUGUGAAGUGAAUCUGAAUAGGGAGAAGCUAUGGUGCCAUUCGAGAAUAAGCAGUGGUUGUGAAAUGUGAUUUUUACGGAUGGAAAUUGAAAAUGGAGGAAUGGCUGGAAACAAACACAGAUUUUUUGG